CCAAACAAUUCGUCAAGUCUACUCCAGUAGCCUGACAUAAUUCAAGAUGCACGGUCUUCUGGGAUUACUUGCUUUUGCGUGCUGUGUAAUAAUUGCAGCAACAGAGUGUUCAAUAUCCAAAUAUAGAGAAGGGCCAAGAGAUUGGUUGAGAUGCAGUAACACGAGUAUCGAAGAAGUAAAAUCUAAGCUGCAAUGGAAUCUGAUGAAAAUUGCAAUUUCGGAAUCUAUGAUAUCUGAGAUCCCUGAUCGCUCUUUUGUUGUGAACUCAACCACUCUGGAAAUGCUGAAUUUUCACUCUUGUGGCAUAUAUCGUAUUGGAAAUGAAGCUUUCCUGGGUUUAGGGUCAUUGAAAGAACUGAGCCUCUCUUACAACAAAAUUACUCAAUUAAGCAGUGCUUGGGUUAACCAUCUGACAUCUCUGGAAAGACUUGAUCUAUCUUUUAACAUGAUAACGUACAUCGAUCCGCAGAGUUACCUGAGUCUAUCAAAGCUUCAGAGACUGGAUAUCAAUGAUAAUCAAUUGAAACAUAUACCAAUGAUAAACUUGGAGAAUAUGCGACAGUUGAAGAUAAUACGUAUUCAAGAAAAUCCACUGACAUACUUGAACCGAGCUAAGCUAACGCUUUGGCUGAAGGAUCACAAAAUCAAUUACGCAACUGUAGAUGAUGAUUUUAUAUGGUUCGACAGCGUUCUCCAGAGUUGUUUAUUCGAUCUACCACGAACCGGAGAGCUGGAUAGAAAAAUGAACACUUGCGUUACAAUGAACAUGUUUGAACAGCUAACUUCCAUUCUAGCGACUUCCCCUUCAAUUCGUAAUUCUACCCAAGUAUGUUACAGCCAAACGAAAAGACUGGUAGACUGCUUCAAGAACAAAAAUAUCCGAACCAAUGGUAACAUAUUAAUGAAUUUACUCUCCAAUAUAAAUGAUGUGGCAAAAAUAGGAACGGCUUAGGUAAAAGCAAUGGUUUUUGAGGCAUGUGUAGGACAAGGUACGAAAAUUGGAAAACAAAAAUGUUAAACUUACACGUUGCAUGUGUGAAAUAUUGUAUGCAUUAUGCUUAAUUAUAUGCAGGUAAAAUUAAGGCUAUUACUUAUAAUCAUAUCGAUCAUUACUGAUACAAUAGUCGAUUACACGUUAUACAUAUUACUCAUAAGAAUUUCCUGAGUCUAUAACGGUAUUCCAGAAGCUUAUAAUACAUCUUAAAAUCAUAAAUAAAAAAAUUUCCAAGAAUAUGCAUAU